AUGAUCAAGAUUUAAUAUCAAAUAUAAUAAUAUUACCAUUUGUCAGAAGAUUAUAAAACUCUAGAAUUUGAAGCAAUUACUUAAAUUGAUGAUACCUUUUCAUCUCUGCCUGACUAAGAUACAUUAACUAAGAUAAAGUUUAAGCCUAAUAAUUAAAUUAGAAUGCAAGUUGAAGUUUAAUCGACAAUUAAUAACACUUGUGCUUUAAUUACAGUAUCACCAUAAAAUUAUCAUAAAAAUAUCAAAAAUCUAAGGUUAAUGAAUGCAAAAAUUAUUUUGAAAAAUGAUGAAUAAGAAACUUUUCUAGAAUGCUAUUUCUAAGAAGAGAAUAACGAUUAGAGCUGCUUAUAUUAUGAUAGUACAUUGUUUUAGUUUUAAGUAAAUUGGCCAUUCGAGAAUAAUACUUAAUAUUAUUAUGAAUUGAGUGGAAAUAUAAAAAAGACUGUUGAUGAUGAUCCGUUUCUCUUUUUUUAGACAGAUAUUGAGCAUUUUCCAAAUAUUAAUAUUGAAGUAGAGACUAACAAAGGAUACUGGAUUGGAUAUCUUCUUUUAAUCUAUUUAAUUUUACCAUUGUGUAUCUACUUAUUCUGUGUCAUUUGCAUAUUAUCAAUAAAAGCAUAUCAUCCAUACAUUGGGUAAAUAAUUGAAACUGAUGAGAACUCCUUUUAACCUAAACCUCAAGAACAUAUAAUACAUUAUCAUACUACUUAAUAAUAAUAAUAAUAUAGUGAGGAAUGUGGAGAGCAAAAUUUAAUAUAAGAAAAUGAAUAAUGA